GGAUGGCUUCACAUAUCCAUUUUGCUACCACUAUCCCGCCUAUAUUGUCGUUCUCGUCCCCAUCUUCAGCGCAUCGCGAGCGAAGGUUGUGUAUACCCGCUUCCUUUCAACCUUAUUCUCAAAUCCACAGAACGUGUACGAGAGCAAGAAGCAUUAGCAACGAUGCUCGCACAGUCUAUGGGGAUCCCCGUCCCUCGCAUCCUCUCAUACGGAGAAUCGGAUCCCAAUGAGUCAUGGAACUGGGGAUCCAUUUUGAUGAUGCGAAUCCCUGGCGAACCGCUGAACGAAGUAUUCGAUUCAUUGUCUCCCGACGAGCUUGCCACUAUCAAAGGAGAGUUGGCGUCACACCUCGAGCGUAUGCGUCGCUACUCGAACCGCUGGGGUACCCGUAUUUGCGGAGUUGACGGAGGCGACGCUUAUGGCGCACGCAUUCCACUGCGACACAUCGCUGCCGGUGUCGACGAGGACGCCUUCCAUCAAUCUCUGUUCCCUUUCGUGAAUGAUAGUACGGCGCCGAACUAUGCUCAGCGGCGUGCGGCGGCUGAGGGAAUGCCGUCUCUGUUCCCUCAUGCAAUUGUCUUCACCCACGGCGACUUGUGGCAUCAUAACAUCAUGGUUCACGACGGUCACAUAACAGGUAUCAUCGACUGGGAAUACGCAGGAUGGCUUCCUGAGUACUGGGAAUACACGACAAUCAUGCGGUGGACGACCUUUCCGUGGUCCAAGUUCUUAGGUUCUUUGCCUGGCUAUCGGUACAACAGGGAGUUAGAGUCCGACAGCGCUUUGGCGCGUCUAUCUGUCGAUUCUUGCUUUUGA